GUCGCUGUUCUGCUGGGAGCGGGCGGCGCGGGAACCGGCGGGGGGGCGGAGCUGUAGUCACGGCGGCGGAAGGAGGAGAGGAAGAAAGGGGCGAGCCCCGGUGCCUGGCAGCGGCGCGAGGCUCUUGUUUAACGCGCGGGCGUCUUCAACCGGGCGCGCGGCGUUCGCGAAUCAGUGUUGGUGCCGAGCCCUCUCUCGGGCAGCCGCUGCCACUACUGCUGCCGCCGCUGCCGUGGGGCUCGGGCGGCGACGGAGCGGGGCCGGCUGCGGGCGGGCGGGGAGGGAGGAGGCGGUGAAGGCGGCGGGCCGGGGGGUAAGAUGCCGCUGGCGCAGCUGGCGGACCCAUGGCAGAAGAUGGCUGUGGAGAGCCCGUCCGACAGCACUGAGGAUAAAUGAGGAGCUGAUUCUUAAUCCUGUCACAUUGAAUGGACAACAAAUUAUGGAUGAACCUAUGGGAGAGGAGGAGAUUAAUCCACAAACUGAAGAAGGCAGUAUCAAAGAAAUUGCAAUCACACAUCAUGUAAAGGAAGGACAUGAAAAGGCAGAUCCUUCCCAAUUUGAACUUUUAAAGGUGUUAGGUCAGGGGUCAUUUGGAAAGGUAUUCUUAGUCAAAAAAAUCUCAGGCUCUGAUGCUAGGCAGCUUUAUGCCAUGAAAGUAUUGAAGAAGGCCACCUUAAAAGUUCGAGACCGUGUUCGAACAAAAAUGGAGCGUGAUAUCUUGGUGGAAGUUAAUCAUCCUUUCAUUGUGAAGCUGCAUUAUGCUUUUCAAACUGAAGGGAAGUUGUAUCUUAUUUUGGAUUUUCUCAGGGGAGGAGAUUUGUUUACGCGCUUAUCCAAAGAGGUGAUGUUCACAGAAGAAGAUGUCAAAUUCUACCUGGCUGAACUUGCACUUGCUUUAGAUCAUCUACAUAGCCUGGGAAUAAUCUAUAGAGACUUAAAGCCAGAAAACAUACUUCUUGAUGAAGAAGGUCACAUCAAGUUAACAGAUUUUGGCCUAAGUAAAGAGUCUAUUGACCAUGAAAAGAAGGCAUAUUCUUUUUGUGGAACUGUGGAAUACAUGGCUCCAGAAGUAGUUAAUCGUCGAGGUCAUACUCAGAGUGCAGAUUGGUGGUCUUUUGGUGUGUUAAUGUUUGAGAUGCUCACUGGUACACUACCUUUCCAAGGAAAAGAUCGAAAAGAAACAAUGACUAUGAUUCUCAAAGCCAAACUUGGGAUGCCGCAGUUUUUGAGUCCUGAAGCACAGAGUCUUUUAAGAAUGCUCUUCAAACGAAACCCUGCAAACAGAUUAGGUGCAGGCCCAGAUGGAGUUGAAGAAAUAAAAAGACAUUUAUUUUUUUCAACAAUAGAUUGGAAUAAACUGUACAGAAGAGAAAUUCAUCCACCUUUUAAACCUGCAACUGGCAGGCCUGAAGAUACUUUCUAUUUUGAUCCUGAGUUUACUGCAAAAACUCCCAAAGAUUCACCUGGCAUUCCACCUAGUGCUAAUGCACACCAGCUUUUUCGGGGGUUUAGUUUUGUUGCUAUUACCUCAGAUGAUGAAAGUCAAGCUAUGCAGACAGUUGGUGUGCAUUCAAUUGUUCAGCAGCUGCACAGGAAUAGUAUUCAGUUUACUGAUGGAUAUGAAGUGAAAGAAGAUAUUGGGGUUGGCUCCUACUCUGUUUGCAAGAGAUGUAUACAUAAAGCCACAAACAUGGAGUUUGCAGUGAAGAUUAUUGAUAAAAGUAAGAGAGACCCAACAGAAGAAAUUGAAAUUCUUCUUCGUUAUGGACAGCAUCCAAAUAUUAUUACUUUAAAAGAUGUGUAUGAUGAUGGGAAAUAUGUGUAUGUAGUCACAGAACUUAUGAAAGGAGGUGAAUUGCUGGAUAAAAUUCUUAGACAGAAAUUUUUCUCUGAACGAGAGGCCAGUGCCGUUCUGUUUACUAUAACCAAAACUGUUGAAUAUCUUCAUGCACAAGGGGUGGUUCACAGAGACUUGAAACCUAGCAACAUUCUUUACGUGGAUGAAUCCGGCAAUCCGGAAUCUAUACGAAUUUGUGAUUUUGGCUUUGCCAAACAGCUAAGAGCAGAAAACGGCCUUCUGAUGACUCCUUGUUAUACUGCAAAUUUUGUUGCACCAGAGGUUUUAAAACGUCAAGGCUAUGAUGCUGCUUGUGACAUAUGGAGUCUUGGUGUCCUCCUCUACACAAUGCUUACAGGUUAUACUCCAUUUGCAAAUGGCCCUGAUGAUACACCAGAGGAAAUACUGGCCCGGAUAGGCAGUGGGAAAUUCUCACUCAGCGGUGGUUACUGGAAUUCUGUUUCAGACACAGCAAAAGAUCUGGUAUCAAAGAUGCUUCAUGUCGACCCUCAUCAGAGACUGACUGCUGCCCUUGUGCUCAGACAUCCUUGGAUUGUCCACUGGGACCAACUGCCUCAAUACCAACUAAACAGACAGGAUGCACCACACCUAGUGAAGGGUGCCAUGGCAGCUACUUAUUCUGCUUUAAACCGUAAUCAGUCACCAGUUUUGGAACCAGUAGGCCGCUCUACUCUUGCUCAGCGGAGAGGUAUUAAGAAAAUCACCUCCACAGCCCUGUGAAGUGACCUCAGUGAGAUAUUUGGUACCAUGGUGUAAGCUGAUAGCACAAGUUCUGGCGACAGGUAGCACAUAUCUGAGAGACAUCUGCAAGCACACACUGUCCCAGCUGGUACCCAUAAUGCUGCUGCUCCUGCUGCUGCUCCCGCUUUCGUCUCUUCUCUUCUCGCUUUAAAUGAUUGUUAGCAAGUAAGAUUUUCCUGGAGCUUCAGAUGUAGUGGAAAUGGAAAUAUGAUGAAGAUGUAUUCACUGAAUCAACAAGAAUAAUGAACAUAUGAAUACCACCUAAAAAUACACUGAAUAAAGUACACCAUAUAGCAUUAUUUUUAUAGGAAAUAUUUCAUGUCCCUUAAAUAUUCUUUGUCAGUUAUAGGGAUGGACAGUUUAUGUUAAGCACUUAGCUUAAACAAUCCCUUUAUAUUAGCACUGUAUCCCUUGUGCCAUCCGACAUUUUGUAUGUUUUUGUAAACAGUUCAUAUACAGUACAUUUCUGUACUGCUUUCUUUAAUGUAUACAUGCCUUGUUUAACUUGGAAUCUAUUGUUAUUAAUUGACUAUUAAAUCUGGUUAAAUAGUUCACCUGAUUAACAGUAUUGUUGGACAGCCCUAAAAAUGGCCAGGUAAUAGAACAGCUGUUGAAUGUAAUACUUCCAAAAUGUACGUAUCUUCCCCUGUGUCUGUUUCACUGGUUCCUUCAUUUGUUUCUUAAAGUCAGGUGCUCUGUCAGACUAAUCUAGAAGAGAGCUGUUGUGAUAAAGUUAUGUGUGUGACAUGGCAUCAAGUGUAUACCUAUGAAGUUAGUCCAUGUACUUUGUAACUCUUUAAGGUUCUUUCUCAUUAAGGAAGUAGUCCUUGCACUUUGUUGUUGUUGUUGUUGUUGUUGUUGCUAUUGUUGUUGUUGUCACCAGGGCUUCACUGCUCCAGUCUGACUUUUUCAGAUAGAAAAGGGGAGGGGAGGAGCUAUCACAGCACUGAAGCUUCCUCCAGUGUGGAGAGGGCCUGGCUUCCAUUUUGGGUCACGUGCAUGACUAAACAGGUGCAUUAGCCAGGUGCACUAUUUUACCGGCCCGUCUUGCACUUAGAAGUAGUAUCUGUACUAGUGUUUGGUAUGUAAUUUGAGAUUUUGCCAAUAUACAUCAAAGAGUCAUGGAGAAGAGAGAAAUGGAGGAAAUUAGAUCAGAAGUCACAUUGGAUAUUUCAUGUUUAUAUAGAUGAUGUUACAGAAUUUAGCAUAUGAAUAAGGUAUCUUGUAAACCUGCAAGAAAAGUAUGCUCUUUUGGCAAAAGAGGUAAAUCAUAAUUUUUAUCCCAUCGCAGUGUUAUUUCUUGAAACACUAAUUUAAAUGUAAUAAAAAGUCCAUGGACCUCUGUAUAAAGUUGAUUUAAAACUGUUGUUACCAGGGCUUCACAGCUCUGGGCUGAUUUUUUCAGAUAGAGAGAAAGAGAAAGACCUCACUGCACCAAAACUUCCUGUAAUGUAGUGGAGGCCCGUCUUGGAACUGGGUCACGCACAUGGCAAAGCAGAAGCACUAUCCAAGUGAUCUAUUUCGCUGACCAGCCCAAAUUUAAAUCUUUUUAUUCUAGGGAAUAAAACAUUCUUGACCAAACAAUCUAUGUUCUAACCUAACAUCAUAACCAAGCUAGGCAAAGUGGAUAUUUCACUAAUUAGUGUUUUCUGAAUCCCUCCUGUAUAGUUAUAUAUAAUGUUUCCUUUAACUUCAGAAAUUAUUUGUUUUCAUAAUGGCUACCACAUUUCUUUAAAUCACAGCAUUUGUUAUCAAUAUUUAAUUUGGUAGUUUCUACAAUUUUUUUCUUGCCACUAGGAUUUCAUUAAGCCUUAAUGCUUAUAGAAUUCCAUUGCUCCUGGUAGACUUUUUUUUUCCAGAUAAAGGAUGAAAGGGAGAGAAAGAAUAAAGGAGAGACACCACUGCAUUGCUUCACCACUCAUGAAGCUUCCCCUUUACAUGGUGCUCCCAUGUGGCUCAAGCUCAGGUCCUCAUGCACGGUAAAGUGUGUUCUCUAAUGGGUAAGCCAUCUGGCUCCCUCUGUAAUUUUAUCCUAUUAAAGUUCUAUAUCUUCACCAAGUUACUGAACAUACAUCACUCUGUAAAAUGAACUAUACAUGAGCAAGAAAAAGGUAACUGAACUUGCCUCAAGAGUUGCCCAGUCUUCCUUGGUCAAGUAGUAAGCUAUUUAAAUCAAAAAAUUCUACCACAAGUUUCAAAGUUUUCCCCCCUUAGAAUACAAAUCCAAGAGAGUACGGUCUAUCUAAAUGAUGUGGAAGCCUCUUCUCACUCCUAAUCUUCUCCUUUCCCAGAGAAAGGGAUAAUCUGUAGCACUACUCUUGCCUAAGUGACAAAAAAUAAUUGUUGCAUAGAAACCAAAUGAAGUUUAUCUUCCAAAUAAAAUAAUGUAGGAAGAAGGAUUUUAGAAGAUCUAGAUGAAAAAAGCUUUUUAAAAUUCUUGAGUAGAUGGAUGCUAACUAUUAAAAGAUGCUUCCUUCCCAUUUCUGGAAAGAAAGCUUUUUUCCAUUUCUGUUCAGUUUUUCAAACCAUAGUCAUACCAAAUCCUUGUCCCUUUUAAAAUGCUAAAGUAAUUCUGGGCAGAAAAAUACAUUUAUUUUCAGAUUUUUUUAUACUGAUGCUAUUCAGUAAUUACUUGGGUGUACUGUCCAUCAUAUUAUUUUUAAGAACCAGAAGUAAAUGUGUAAAUACUUAAAAUUUAUCUAAUCCAACUUUCUAUAUUAAAUGUUAAGAACCUGAGACCCAAAGCAAACUUGAGUCCUUAACUUCCCAUUCAAUUUUCUUUCCUCAUGACACCAUGCUGCCUUCCCUUCAUAUUAUUACCUGGCCAGGAGAUGAGUUGUUCAAAAACAAUAUGUAUAUUUAUGGGACUGUCCUCCACUGGUAAAAGAAUGCCAAGUUUAUUGCUUUCAGGGUUUAUUGAUCCUUUCCCUAGUCCAGUUGCCAGUUUCAUCAAAGAAAAAAGCAAGUUACGUGUUCAUAAAACUGAAAGCUUUCUUCCUACAAAGCAGUUCAUGAACACAAUUUAUUUUUUGUGAGGUUCUGGGGUUUUCUAUUGCCUGUGACAUACAGCAGAUAAACCUGGCCAACAGUGUGCUCUGUAAGUAAUUAUUGUGAAGAGUUAACUUUUCAGUUUUUUCAGGUGUAAUUCUUUCAGGCACCUGAAGUUGUGAGGCCUUUCACCAGGAAGUUUUAAAUCAGUCUUACAGUGUGAAAGAAGGAACUAAAUUGUCAGCCCCCCCCCCCCCCUUUGGUUUUUCUCCCUGAGGCUUCAUUGCUUUGGGCUACUUUUUUAGAUAGAAGGAAACAGACUGGGGGCUUAGGGUGGGGGUGAGGGCACACCAUAGCAUUGAAGCUUCUCCCAGUGUAAUAAGGGUUAGUCUGCGCUUAAACCCAAGUUGCAGUCAGGUGCAUUAACCUGGUGAGAUGUUGGGUUGUCAGGAAAGUUAAGAUGCAUCUUUGCAUAGGAAAAAUGUCAUGGCUUUUCUGACAACGCGAUAUUUUGCCAGUCCUACCAGGCCACUUCUAUAUACUUCUUGUUGCUUUCUACUCCAAACAGUUUCCAAAAUGGUAGAUUGCAAUGCCAAGCACAUACUGGAAAGUAAAGAUUACACUGCCAUGUGUUUUAUAUUUUCCCUGUCUAGUGAUGAUUUUAAGGUAAGGUUUUGGGUUUUUUUAUUUGUUUUUUUUUUCCUUGUUUUUGGCUUUUUAGGGGUUUGUUUGUUUUGCCUUUUGAUUUUUUUUUUUCCUACCAGAACUUUGCUGGGGCUUGUGCCUAAGUGAUUCCACUGAUCCUUGUGGAGUCCUUACUUUUUCUCUUUUCCAGACUGAGGGCAAGAGACAGAGAGGAGAAAAACCAUAGCACUUCUCCACCACCAUGGUACUCCCAUGUGGUGGCUGGAGGCUCAAACCCAGAUCUUCAUGCAUGGUAAAAUAUGUACUUUUGAUUUUUAAAAAAUAGAAAUCACUUUAGUUUCUUCUAGUUUAUACAGACUCUUGUCUUUAACAAUUUUGAUAGGGAUUCAUUUAUUCAUAAGCAACCCCAAAAGUCCAAACAUAAUAGAUUUAACAAGGCACAGAGUUCAGGAUGCAGUGAGAAUGACGUGGGAUGUCAUUUAACAAGUACCUGGAGAGGGUAUGUGUGUGGUAGAGAAUGCACAUGUCACAUGUGUGCAACAAAGAGCAGAGUUGAGUCAACCAUUUCCCAUCUUUCUAACAAGUGGUUUCUGUUGGGGGUCAGAGAGAGGUUUGAUCAGCUGUGCCCUGCACCCUCUACUCAAGAAGAGACUUGGAGGUGGGAUAGGUGUGCAGAGGCUUCACAGGUAGGAUGGAGGAGGAUAGCACCACCCUAGGGUGAGGACUAAAAAGAAAAGCAGUGAAGAUUUGGGGACCUUGCUGCAGAUGUGCUUAGUCACCAUGGAAACCAACAAUACAUAUCUCAACAUGGUUUUUAUAUUGUCCACUUUCUGGCCUUUAUAGAUGACUUAAAUUUUUUUAGCUUGCUUUAGUAUUUCUUUUUAGGGAGAGAGGAAAGAGAGAGACACCACCGCAGCACCAAAGCUUCCUCCAGUGCAGUGAAGGCCCGGCUCAAACGUGGGUCACACACAUGGCAAAGCCGCACACAAUCCAAGUGAGUUAUUUCACCAGCCCAUUUUAACUAUAUCUUAUGAAAAUGAUUCUCUUUAAGUUGACUGUAUGGAGCACUUGAGAUUUAUGAAGGCAUUAGGACAGAUAUCUCAGGAAUGUAAAGGGUCAGAAAAGGCCUGUUUUCUGUGAUUAGCAAAUGUGAUAGGUCCCAUGGCUGGCCCUUGGUGCUUAAACCAGGAGGUUCCAAUCUAGUCCUAGAGUACUGUCCCUCUGAAAGGUCCAACUCCUUGUGACUAACCUUAAACUGGAUGUAUACUUUGAGCCUUAUUUAAUUACAGAUAAGUUGACUUAGCUCAGUAUUUCUGUUUCAGUUCAUCAAAAUCAUUCUCUUUUAAACUCCAGAUUGCUUACAUUUUUCUGGUCUCCCCGAUGAGUUGUAGAGACCAGUUAUUGAAGUAAAUUUCCUUUCUUGGGACUGUGGUAUUCUGCAGAACCACUCAUAACCACUUUUUUGAGUGAAGAAUCUACAGAUUGAUAAUACCUAAAUAUGAAUGGCCAAGAAGAAUUUGUAUCUACAGUGUGCUUUGUGUAUUUUUGACACUGCUGUAUUCUGUGUGAUUGAGUGACUUGUAACUGGUUCCAUUGUGACUGAGUGUUCUCAAAGAAUUCUGGUAACUAAGUCGACUUAAUUUUCUUAAGCCUUGUCUCACAUUUACCACUUUGAUUCCAGUCUUUAAACUGUUCAUAACAGGGCAUACCAAGGGUUGGGAUGAGAGCCUACUUCCUACCUCUUAAGGCACUUUCCUCAUUAUUUUGCCAUAUAACCUUGAAGUGCAUGAUAAGCUGUUUAAAUGUCCAUGACUUCUCCCAGAGCAACUAGCAAAGUAUAUGACAUUGAAUAGAGAUUAGUGGAAAGGAAAUUUAGAGACUAAGUUCAGAGGUACAAACCUCAAGAAAACCUCUUUAGAGCACGUACCAUUUGAGUACAAUAUAUGUAAAUGUAUGUGAGAAGAGAGUUGCUAUAAUAGUCCUCUCUAAGUAGAUUAGUUCAAUAUCUAAUGAAAGUGAAAAAUCUCUACACUUAUUAUCACUAUAGUACUGAAUGAACUGUAUACUGAGUUUUUCAAACAAGUAUUUAAAGUAGAACUUUUAAAUACAAAGCAAAGACAUAAGGAUAAAGGUUUUGGUGUGUGUUUCUCUAAGUGUAAUUUGCCAUCUAAUGCUUUGUUGUUGUUGUUGUUGUUGUUGUUUAAUUUAAAGCUUCAAGGUAUUGCCAGUCCUUAGCUUCUUUAAUAAUUAUGGGUGGUGAGUUUUUAACUCUUAAAAUUAUGUGUAUGUAUCCAGUUUAUCUUAACUCAUACACCCUAAGCAAAAGGGAAGGUAUACAUCUAAGGGAUGUAAUUAUUUUGCAUUUUUGGCCAUGAGUGGGAGUGGGGUGGGCAUCUACUUCAACUGUUUUUAAAAAAGAAAAAAAUCACAAAUAUUUUUCUACUAUUAUAUAUGAUCUUACUUUAUAUUAAUUUCUCUGUAGUAAGGCAUGCCAGAAGCCCAAGGUACCAUAUUAUGAGUUCAUAUGUAUUGUACCUUUUAUUGGUGGUUCAAUUGCAUCAGAUGCUUGGCACUGCUGCCAUAAUUAUGAAGUGCUUGUAAAGGAUCAAAUAUCACUGAGUACUUUAAAUUGUUUUCCUUUAGAGUCUAAUCUGGAAAGUUUUCAAAUCAUACUAUUAAUGUGUAAUCUAAGCUCUUUCAGAUGUAUCCAUGAAUAAUCCUGGAACAAUAUUGCUUGUAUUCCUGUCACAGAACAGGUUUUGUAAUCUUUAAAAGAAAUGAAAAUUUAUAUAAUAAAGUUUCAAAUAAAUGCA